UUUGCUAUCUGUGGCAUAAACAAAACGUAUUUUUGUAAAGCCUACAGCGAACUGAGCGAAUAUUCUGCUGUUAGAAGAAACAGUGCUCAAAUAUGGUGCGCGUUAAGCAUAGGUACAUUUUGGUGCAAAUAAAAUACGACAAUCGACCGAAAGAUGAUGCUCCAAAAGUUACUUCAAAAUCGCUUUCAGUAUAUCUGAGAAAACAAGUAUCCAAAUACUAUGGAAAUUAUGGGGCCGCCACCGUGCAAAGGUUGCUUGUGAUGUAUUUUAAUGCCAAAACUCACCUAUGCAUCAUACGAACUCGUCACGGACCGCAUCGUUUUGUGACCAGCGUACUUCCGUUGCUCACGCAGAUGGAUGAACAUGUUUUCCGCUUCCGAACGCUCUACGUUGGUGCAACGGUUCAACAGUGCCAAAAAUUUGUGGUUAAAUAUCAGCAACGAUACAUCAACCGAACGAUCGGAUACUAUCAGGGAAUGGAACAGAAGCAAAAAAUGAUAGAAAACGUAACCGCAAUGGUCCGGCAGUAAUGUAUGUAUUUAAAAUCUGUUUUAUUAGGCAAAAAAGGAUUCUGGGCCCUAUUCUCAAGUUGGCUAAUAAAUAAUUGCAAAUGGUUUGUUCCGGAGAGGUGGGGCGCGCACGUAAGGAAAAGAGCAGUCCUUCAGUCA